UACAUAAAAAAAUGUAAAUGAUGCAAUCUGCAUAUUCUGUAUCUAGGGGGAACCCUUUGGCAUUCCCGUUCACACACCAUUUAGCUGCUACAGGAAGACACAAGGAGCUAAGAAACUACCUACUUUCCCCAGCUGUCGGAUUUCCUCGUAAAACUUUAAGAAACACGAAACCAUGGGAGCAUAAUUCGACAACGGGACCGGGCCAAAGAUGGACAGGCGCCCUUGCUCCUUCGUUGCGGUGAAAUACAUUUUUAAAGAAAAGAGUCUCUCUUUCGGCUUUGAGCGUUUGGCAUGGGUACAGUGUCUUUAAAAAGCAAAUGACCGGCUCAGCUGCUGACCAUGCUGACCAUCCUUCGGGAGUGUACUGGACUAGAGAAAAACUGCAAGCGGCUAGCUCUUAUGGGAUUUCAGAACAAAACCCGGUUCCUGAAUAUAUUCUACCAGGUACAAAAAUGGCCCAUCUAACAAGCUUUCCAAACGGGACCGGUUUAUCGUCACAAUUAAUAACAGAAGACUCUAAGCAGAUCUUCGGCGAACAGGGAAGCAGACUGCGCUGGGUAGCUCUGCUGACACUCAUGGUGAUAAUACCCACCAUCGGGGGGAACAUUCUUGUGAUCCUGGCAGUUUCACUGGAGAAAAAAUUGCAGUACGCUACCAAUUACUUUCUAAUGUCACUGGCUGUAGCUGAUUUGUUGGUUGGAUUGUUCGUGAUGCCAAUCGCUCUCCUUACGAUCAUGUUCGAGUCGGAGUGGCCCCUUCCUGUUGUUCUCUGCCCUGCCUGGUUAUUUCUUGACGUCCUCUUUUCUACAGCAUCCAUCAUGCACCUUUGUGCUAUCUCAGUGGACCGCUACAUAGCCAUAAAAAAGCCAAUCCAAGCCAGUCAGUAUAAUUCUCGGGCUACAACACUCAUCAAGAUAACAGUGGUGUGGUUCAUUUCAAUAGGGAUCGCCAUUCCGAUCCCUAUCAAGGGCAUAGAGGCAGGCAAGGGCAACCCCAAUAACAUCACGUGCGUGCUGACGACGCAUCGCUUCGGCGACUUCAUACUCUUCGGCUCCAUGGCCGCUUUCUUCGUUCCGCUGGCAAUUAUGAUAGUCACGUAUUUCCUCACCAUCCGAGCGCUGCAAAAGAAGGCUUACUUGAUCAGGAACAAGCCACCUCAGCGCUUCAUGUGGUCCACCGUGUCCACAGUUUUCCAGAGGGACGACACCCCCGGCUCCUCCCCCGAAAAGGUCGCCAUGCUGGACGGCUCGCGGAGGGACAGACACCUGCCCAGCUCGGGUGAAGAGCUGCUCAUUCGGAGAAUGUCCACUCUCGGGAAAAAGUCCGUUCAGACCCUGACCAACGAACAGCGGGCCUCCAAGGUCUUGGGGAUCGUCUUUUUCCUCUUUCUCCUGAUGUGGUGCCCCUUCUUCAUCACAAACAUAACUUCGGUCCUCUGCGUCUCCUGUAGCCCGACCACCCUACAGAAGCUCAUGGAGAUAUUCGUGUGGAUAGGCUACGUGUCCUCCGGGGUGAACCCUCUCGUGUACACCCUCUUCAACAAGGCCUUUCGAGAAGCGUUCGGAAGGUACAUCAUGUGCAACUAUCGAACUGCCAAGCCGACGAAGGCCCUGCGGAAGUGCUCCAGCAGGAUCUCCUUACGGAAUUCGGUGACCGAAAACUCCAAGCUUUUUAUGAAGCACGGUGUGCGGAAUGGGAUCAGCCCCGUCAUGUACCAGAGCCCCAGGAGGCUCCGCGGUUCACCCACCCAGUCGUCUUCCGCCGUUCUGCUGGAUACGCUACUUCUUACAGAAAAUGAAGCGGACAAAACUGAAGAGCAAGUGAGCUACGUAUAGUGGGAGCUGCGCUGUCUGCACACGGACAGGAACGUCGGGACCCAAAAGGACAGAGGAACGGCACAGGGACAUAAAUGUACUAUCUUCCAGUGGUAUAUUUACCGACAGAAUCUCACAGGACUUAUUCUAAUUCAUCUCUUCUUAGACUAAGGUUUAUCUAUCACGUUCUCCAGUUUUCCUCAUUUGAACACAACUACUCUACAUGAAAGCUAUUUUGUUGGGCUGUAUAUAAAACGAUCAGCGCACUGCAGUAAGAUGCAAAAGGGCCUCAAAUAAAGGAAGUAAUAGCAAAAUAA